AUGGUACCCCCUUACGCAAACGUCUAUAAAAUUGCAUAUCAUAAUCGAAAACAUCGCAUAACUGCAUUGUGUUCAAUGCGGAUCUUUGCUAUCGUGAUCACCUGUCUCAUAGUCGUCGGCUUCGGUUAUCCAACACAUCCGACAUUUCCGUCAUAUCAGACAGCUGUUCGGCAUUCAAGUGCAAAUACUGGCUACAGGUGUCGAGCUGGCAUCUGCGGUUACAGAUGCUCCAGCCCAUGGUGUCAUGGAUUCGAAAGCGCCCUAUAUCCGCAGAUGGCAAUGCAGGAGAUGUGGGGUAGUGGAGCCCAUGGAAGGCAUGCACACUCUAGAACGAUGACAGAAUUUCUGAUGAAAGCAAGUCCCGAGGAUCUGACAAUGCUCAUUGAGUCAACACCAAACAUUGAUGAGGCAAUCACGACUACUCCACAAAAUAAUCUAACACCCGUGUCUAACAUGGAGAGGAAGGUUACGGAAGGGGUGCUAACAACAGUUGCUACACAUGCGACUUUAUUUACGGACGAGAGGCUUAAAUUAGAUCAAUCGGAAAUACCUUCCACCUCUAAUGUUUGGACGACACCUGACCAGAAGAAUGCGAUUUCUUCAAAUGACCUCAAUGUAUAUACAUCCCCACAGUCAAUCACGACUACUCUGCAAAAGAAUCCAACUCUCGUGGAGAUGAAGUCUACGGAAGUGGCGAGGACAACAAGCACAAGUAAUGCGCCUAUAUAUACGGACAAGGAUCUUGAAUUUGAGCAGUCGGAAAUACCUUCCACGGAUAAUGCGUCGAAGAGACCUAAUGUGGUGGACGAGAUCUCUGGGAGUGAAGUUGAUACAUAUACACCUCCACAGGCAAUCACGACUACUCCGCAAAAUAAUUUAACACCCUUUUUUAGCAUGGUGAUGAAGGUUACGGAAGGGGCACCGACAACAGCUACAACUGAGACACGAGAUCCUGCAGAUAUGAAGUUUGAUUUAAUACGGUCGAAAAUACCCCUCAUUGAUUUGCCACUCAGGUUACAUGAUCCGAGGUAUAGGGUUAAGUUACGUCAGCAUUAUGUACUUUUUAAAAGAGCUGUGGACAAAUUACAUCCGAAUGGGCUAAAAGCCGUUAAUGUAAACCUAACUAUUGCUAAACAAAGCCUCGAUAAAGCACAUUUUAUGCUUGUUGAAAGUCAUCUGGAGAAAGCAAAAGAAUAUACAGGACGUGGUAUAGUUAAUAAGUCGGAAAAGUGUGGACGCAUAUGCAUUGCAAUGACUGUAGGACUUCCGUACGUGAGAGAUAUCGUAACAAGUAUGGACGCGAGACUGCUCCAGCGGAUGAUCACAUAUAUACCCAACAUUGAUGCCAUUUCGUCUAGUGCCAAUCCAGUCAUCAGUCAACUCACAAUGCCAAAUAUGCCCAGAACGAUGCCAAUGGCUGAGAGAUCUGAUGCUAAGAUGUCACAAGCUGAUAGAUGGAUGUGUGAUCGGCCAAACAGUAUGGAUCCUAAGUCCAUGGAAUACUUUAUGUCAACUAUGCUGAAAAUUCCCACUUAA